AUGGACCAAUUUGACGUGGCCGUGGUUGGGCUAGGAGCGCUUGGAAGCGCUGCUGCAUUUCACUCAUCUCUCAAGCGCGUCAAAGUGAUCGGGUUCGAGCAGUACGAAUUUGGACACGUACGUGGUGCCUCACAUGAUACCUCACGAAUCGUCAGAACCUCGUACGGGGAGUCGGAAUAUGUUGCGCUUGCAAAAUCCGCCUACAAGGACUGGGCCCAAUUGGAAGCGAAAAGUGGCCAGAAAAUGUUGACGCAGACUGGUGGUGUUAUUUUCUUCCCGGAGGGUGGAGCUAUGAAUGCUAGUGAUUUUGCAAACAGUCUCACGGAAAAUGACCUCCCGUACGAACUCCUAGACGCCCAGGAAGUCAACCGGCGAUGGCCCCAGUUCAACAUUCCCCUGUCAGUUACGACGGUCUAUACGGCUGACACCGGUAUUGUGCAUGCUGCCCGGUCAGUCAUGGCUAUGCAAAACCAAGCGCGUGUUAAUGGCGCUAUUCUGAAGGAGAAUACAGAAGUGAGCCGGGUGGUACCGUCAGUUAAUGGCAAGGGUGCGGUUGUCGAAACAUCCUCUGGUCACAUCUAUGCAAAGAAGGUGAUCAUUGCGGCCGAUGCAUGGACGAAUAAGCUCCUAGCAUCUCUUGGCGCAGAGAUUCCUUUAUCCAUUAUGCAGGAGCAAGUCACAUACUACAAGCCAGCUGAUGCGGCUUCCUUCGACCAAAGCCGAUUUCCAGUCUGGAUUUGGGAGGAUGAGCCUUGCUACUACGGAUUCCCUACAUACGGUGAACCAUCCAUCAAAGCAGCCCGUGACGUAGCGAACAACUUCAUGACACCCGAGCAACGAACCUAUGUCCACUCUCCGAAGUUGCUAAAUGAACUUACAGAGUUCAUGGCUAGCCUUGUGCCUGACAAGGGCCAAUCUCUCCGCACAGUGACCUGCCAGUAUGCUGUUACACCAUCACGCCAAUUCGUCAUUAGUCCCUUGAAGAACUUUGGAGACAUCUCCGUGGCUCUCGGAUGUGGUCAUGCUUUUAAGUUCGCCCCCACCAUUGGUCGUAUCCUGGCAGAAUUAGCCGUCGAUGGGAAAACCGAUGACGAUAUAUCAAAGUUUGGGAUUCCGGAGGCGACUGUAUCCAGCAGUAAGCUUUAG